UUUUAUGUGUUUGUUUUAUUUGAAUAAAAAAAUAUAUGUCUCUAAAUGUCAACAUGCCAUUCAGUUAUGAAGUAUUAGUUUCUAAGAUUUAAAAGAAAAGGGGAUGAAAUUCUUGUGGUAAUUAAUGUAAAUAAAUGGGGUAUUUAAAAUGUCAUGUAGACUUUUAUUGAGCGGUGUUAUUGUUGAACCUGUUCUCUGAUAAAAACUUUAUGUUUCAAUUAGAAACAGUUGUGUUACAGUGUGUUUGUCUUUCACCAAUUGAAAACUCAACGAAGGCAUUAGUACGUAUACAUCAGUACGUUUUCAAAAUCGUGCUGAACUUAUUCACAAUGGAAAUGGGUGGAUAGUGUGGUACGGGGAAUAACCGGAAGGAUCCGUCAGGAAGGGAGGCAACCGCAGAUGGCUGUAAUAGAAGGUAAAUCAAGUCAAGUUUGAGCGAGGCAUGGUAGCUCCCAAUUAUUGUGAACGACUCACGGUCUGGCUGUGUGGCCGACGGAUAGUUUCUCCACUCGGUUCUUUUUAGAGUAUGGACGUCAGUUUGUUGUCAGGAGCUUGUCCAUUUUGACCAGAAAUAUUGAAAACAUUCCAAACAUGAGCAGGGGCUGUGUUAGCUCUUGUAAACAAGUGAAAACAAUGUUUAAGAGUCUCUGCUAGAGGAUUUGAUAAUGGCUACAGACGGUCAGAUGUCUCUUGGCACCAACACAAAUAUAGACCUGGUACGGCAGAGGGCUCAGAAAGCAGCAGAGUUUUACCAACAACAGCAAGUUGGGUAUGGCGCUGGCGACCAGAUGGCUCCAACCACACAUGCCUCCACAACAAACCAUCAUUUCAGAGUCCCCCCACAGUAUUCUGAGGCAUACACCACAAACCACAAUUCUGGGGGAACGCAGGUCCACUCUGCUGAUGGCUUCACCGGUGCUGGUGGUGGCACUUACACUAACCUCAACAGAGUCCUCUCAGAUGAAUCUUUUGAAUCUGCUCUGGCCCCUUCGUCCAGUGAUAGUUUCUAUAGAGCUAAGAUGAGGGCUGGUAUUAUUGACAUGAGGAGCUCUUACAAUGAAAGGUAUGGUGGUGGAAAUGGGCGAGCUAGGGCUAGAACAUUUCAUGGACCACACACGGGUAACAGGCCUCGGACUCAUACAUAUGCCCUAGAAAACAAACAACCCUUGUCUGGGCAACAGCAGCAGCCUUCACAGACACAGAAAACAGUCUCUUUGACGCAGUACAAUAGCCAUUCACAACAGCAGCCUGCGCCACAAAAACCUGCCAGGACAUAUGCCACAAACAAGGUUCAGCUUUACAGAAGUAGUAGUGACCUUGAAGUGGAUGUUGGAGAAACGGACGCUCCUCCCCCUGCACCAGCAAGCCUCCAUCGGGAAUAUGGCAGCACAUCUUCGCUAGACGUCCUGGGAACUAGUGAUAACUUUUUCAACAUGCUCAGCGAAUUUCGAAAUCAAGCUCUUGACCAGCGUAGUCCUGCUCCCCCUCAUCUUAAAGAACUCCUUAAAGGCCGCCUGGAGUCCACCUCUGAGCCCCUGAUACAAGGCUCAACAGACUCAUCAAAAAGCUCAGUGAAAUUCUUGAAUGGAUUGGGGUCUGGUGAGAAAGACACUUCUGUAGACGAAGUGGAUGGUUUGAAAGGAAAUAAAGCUAAAUCUAAACACAAAGAAAGAAAACAGCGUGCCAAGUCCAUCACGGGAGAAGGUAGUGCUAGUAUUCUUAAAAAACUUCGUGGCAAAGUCGACUCUGACCUGACUAGCAAUAAGUCAGAAGAUCGCACCAUUUCAGAAGAUUCACAAUCUAGAUCUGAAGAACACUUACGAUGUCGUGCCUUUGUUCAUUUCGAUUGCCAAUCUGUCGGGGUAGACUUGGAUAAAGUUAUACAACAACGACUUCUUGGUUUAUCGUAUAAGACAAACAUUUCAACAGGUGCCUCUGCGGCAUCGGGUCAGAGGACUAGUCUAGCAACCGAUAAGGAUGACCCCGAUAUCUUGGCUGAUACAGAUGAAGGGGACGGUAAAAGUAAUGAGCUGGUUCUCUCUUGCCCCUUUUUUCGUAAUGAGCUGGGAGGGGAGGACGAGAGGACUGUCAGCUUGACCAAAGUGACUGCCCAUAAAAGACUUGCUGGGAAUAACACCACCUCUGUUCCAUCCAUCAGUAGUAAAUCUCAGGUUCGACAUCCAGCUUGCUGUGGCGUAGCCAUUUUGGACUCAUCGCCAUCUCCAUCUGGACAAAUUCUUCCUCCACUUGUCUCACACCGUGGACAUGUUAUAGAAUAUGUAGACCAUGGAGCGUAUUAUUACAGGCAUUUCUUUUAUACUCAAGAUCACCACAAUUUAUUUGGCAUGGAUGAUAACCUUGGACCUGUGGCUAUAAGUAUCCGGAGGGAAAAGCUAGACUUGGAGGACAGGACCAACAACUUGGGCAAGGCUGACUAUGGGACAGCACAGUAUAGAAUCAUCUGUAGGACCAGUGAACUGACUACUCUGAGGGGGUGUAUCUUGGAAGAUGCUAUCCCAUCAAGGAUGACCAGUUCGAGAGGGGUGCCUUUUAAAGAUAUUCUUGAAAUGGCUGUGCCUGAAGUUCAGAUCUCCUGUCUGCGCCAGGCAGUAGCUGGACCGAAAACAUGUGAACAGCUGCUGAAGUUAGAUGAACAAGGAAUCAGCAAUACAUACAAAGUUGGAAUUGUCUACUGCAAGUCUGGCCAGUGCACCGAAGAAGAAAUGUAUAACAAUGAAUAUAGUGACCCAGCCUUUGAAGAAUUUUUAAAUUUGAUAAGUCAAAAAGUCAGGUUAAAAGGCUUUGAGAAAUACAGAGCUGGACUAGACUGCAAGACUGACACAACAGGAACUCAUUCCUACUAUACCACAUUCAACAACAACGAAAUCAUGUUUCAUGUCUCGACACUGCUGCCCUUCACACCCAACAACAAACAACAGUUGCUGAGAAAACGUCACAUUGGCAAUGACAUAGUGACUGUAGUGUUUCAAGAGCCUGGGGCUCUCCCCUUCACUCCUCAGACAGUCAGGUCACAGUUUCAGCAUGUCUUUAUUAUUGUCAGAGUGUCCAAUCCCAACACAGACAGUGCCAGAUAUAGUGUGGCUAUCACAAGAUCAAAAGAUGUUCCUCCGUUUGGCCCACCAAUACCUCACAACUGUAGUUUUAAAAAGACACAAGAUUUUGUAGACUUCUUAUUGGCUAAAAUCAUUAAUGCUGAGAAUGCAGCACACAAGUCUGAGAAGUUUCUAACCAUGGCCACCAGAACAAGGCAAGAGUACUUAAAGGACCUGGCAAUCAACUAUGUCACCAACACAUCAGUUGACUCUGGCUCAAAACUGAGUAAAUUUGGUUUAGGAAGUGGCAGAAAGAAAGAAAAACCCAAGCAGAAAGUUAUACCAGACAUGUUUGCUAAGGGAGCCAUUGUGUGGAAGGUGCAAGUGGAAGAUAUGGGAACAGCUUCUCAGGUUGAGUGUUUGCUGGCUAUAGCUGCUGACACCAUUGUAUUAGUAGAACAAACCAAUAAAGAUGUGAUAUUUACUAUACCAAGUAGUACAGUCAUUGGUUGGACCCAUCAGCCUACCAGUUUACGUUUGUAUUUUGGCGCUGGUGAGUGCCUGCUUCUCAGACCAAUGUCUGGAGAGUAUGAAGAGAUGAUGGAGAUCAUUACUAGACUGCAGGCUGUCACAAAUGGCACUGAGACCUCCAAGAUGGCUUUAAAAAGAAAUGGCCUGGGACAGCUUGGGUUUCACAUUCAGUCUGAAGGCAUUGUUACUGACGUGGAGCCCUAUGGGUUUGCUUAUGAGGCUGGCUUGAGGAAAGGAAGUCGGCUGGUGGAGAUCUGCAAGGUGGCCACCACCACAUUGUCCCAUGACCAAAUAGUGGAUCUUUUAAGAACUUCAGCUGUUGUUAAAGUGGUUGUUGUCCCACCUAUGGAAGAUGGAUCACCCAGAGGUUUUAUCACUUUGAACACUCACCUCCCUCACACGUCUCUGAUGUCAAUAAAUACCAUCAUGAUCUCUGAACAACUCCAUGCUUCUCCACACCAGGGUUCAGUGGAGUCUCUCUACCUCCCUAGGGGAGAUAAUAGCUUGUCAAGUUCAACUAUUGUGUCCACUACUAAUAAUGGCAAACCUUCACCGUCUGCUCACCAUAAAACCUUGCAGCAGACCCAGAGUAGUUCAGCUUACGACCAGAGACAGCGCCCUUCAGUGGCUCAGCAUGGUUACUCGGAUUCAACCCUCUCCUCCGGUAGAUCUUCAGAUGAUGGACGCUUUGGCCACUCUCGCCAGGAUUCUGCUGACCUAUACGGGUCUCUUGGUGGCAGCCAUGAAGGUCACACAAGCUCAGGUGAAGAGCCUCACUCACGAAACAGUUCCCAUGACAGCUCAGACUAUUCCAUGUCAGCCAUCAGUAUGCGGUCGCGCUCCAGUCAACAUAGCCAGCCACCACUUCGUAGAGGAGAACAUAUUAAUGCCAGUACAGAUGUUUCGAAUGAUGGCAGUAUUUAUAUGUCUGGGGGUCAGAAUGCAAACAGCAAGCGUCAGUUUGCCAACAUGGAGUACCCUUCAGGGAUCCCUGCCACUGGCAACAUUGCUUUGGAACUUUUAAAGCAGACGCAGAAUACCAAGUAUUUGUUAGGGCAAGGAGGUCAGGCCAGACCGGUGACUGACUCUAUGAGAGGGUCACGCGAUGGAGGCAACCCAGGCUCAUCAACAAACUUGAGUUUAAUUAGUGAGGGCACCUCCAGCAGCUCCUCACACUACUCACACCACAAUGAUCCAGUUCGUUUGAUCAAAGAUGAAGUGACACGGAGGAAAGAAGCUCUGGCUGCAACGAGGGCGAACAAGCCAGUCAUGAAGAAAGGAUUAACUGAGCCCCCCACCAGUAGUCCAAAGGCUUCCAGAAGGAACUUGUCAGGUAUGAUGUCAGAAGAGUCCCUGCCUUCACGGCUGCGUCCAGGCAUGUCUAGUCAGAAACAGGCCCGAGAAGUGGCUAGGGCAGAUUUUCAGGAGGAGCUGAUGAGACUUAUUGACCCUGACCUUUCAGAGAAUGACCUUGUUGGGUUCAAUCAGCCUGGUUCUCAAGCUCCACGUAAAGCUGGACGUCUGCAAAGAACUCUGUCGGAUGAAAGUCUGAGUAAUUCUAAAGUAGCCAGUAAUGACAAAGCACAGAGUCAGGGUAGCGACUCAGUCACACAAAGACUUUCGCCUCGAGCAGUUUCAGACCUUGCAAAUGCUAGACAGAGAAGUAAAUCUACAAUGGAUAAUAGGGUCCCAUUAAUGGAGUCUGCUGCAGCUCUGGAUUGGUCCAAACUGGUCAAUGUGGCCUCAAAGGCUAUUGAUGAAACAGAUUCUGGCAGUAAAUCCAAUCUUAGGAGAGGAGAUGCUGGCCAUGAACAUGAGGACAGCGAUUCACAAGAUGACCAACCUCCACCCAGGCCUCCGUCUCCUGAAAUGUCUCUCGGCUUAACCAACUCUACCUCUGGAAUGCCUUCAUCAUAUACGUCCAUGUCCUCUACCCCACAACAAAGAAUACUUGACCUUGAACAGAGAGUGACAAAGUUGUCCCAGGAACUGGAUAAGGUGAGAGGUCAAACAGGAAAAGUCCGAGAUGGAAAUAGAGAUACAGGAUCUGCGGGCAGACAAUGUCAGACUUCAGGAGGAAUCCCAGACAGCUGCCACCCAGCUCCGCCGCUUCACAGAGUGGUUUUUCAAUACAAUAGAUCGCCAGUAAACACAUCUCCAAGUCCACAGGGACCCAACAAAACAUAUCUUUGACUGAUACAGCUGUUGUGUUGCAUCUGUUUGUGAUAGUUGUUAAAAAAAAAUUCUAUGAAUUGCCUAAUGUUUAUGUACCUGUGAGAAUGUCUUUUGUUUUACAGAAUGGCAAAUCAUGUUUUCAAGUUUUUAUUUUAAUAACUGAUAGGAUUUAUUUAGUAAGGGACUUAUUAAUCCAUUAUCAUAUCAUCCUAUUUUUUUAAAAACUCAAAUCUUUCAUCGCUAAGAUAAAACAUAGACAAAUAUGUUGUAUAUUUGUUAAAAAGUAAAACAUGCAAAAACAAUUGUUAAUGUAUGCUUUCAGUACAAGUGCAAAGUUGUUGAGGGGUUGUUUUUUAACCAAAAAUUAUUCCAAAGUUUAUACCUUGAAAAACAUAAAUGAAUAUUAGGUAUUAAAAAAAAUGUUUUCCUAUUUAAAUGUAUACAUAGCAGCUGGUUUUGAAACUGUGGUCCAGAAUAUUUAAGGUAAAUCUUCACACUAUAUGUUGAAGUCACAUGUUGCUCCUGUUACUACACACGUCCUGCCAGUACCUUAUUGUAAUGAAUACUACAAGUUUCUAAAAUAUAUUUUUAUACCUUUUUGAUACACAUUUAUUCUACCUAAGUUCUAACGCUCUGGCAAAGCUCUAAAUUAGAUCUGUGUGCUUGUUAACAUGAAAUAGACUUCAGUUCUACUGUAAGUUGAGGUUUGAGAACAUGUUGACUAGCCAGCAUGAAAGUGGGAGUUAGUUAGUGUUAUUAUGUUGAGCACUGUGAACUUAGCCUGUUGUUUUAGUUUGCUGGAGUUCAACUGCUGAGUAGCCUCAUCAGCACUUUGCUGGGAACACAUCUGGAGCAGUGUUUUAAGUGUUUUGCUCUUUGAAUCCCUUGUGUUGACUACAAAUAUACUACCUAUAUUUAAUGUCUUUGUCUUGCAUCCAGGUUUCUGUGACACACACAAAAAAUGUACAUAGAUCUAUGUACAUACUUGUACUCUAUGUACAUACUCUAGUGUAUAGUCUUGUAGGGCAAUAACUUUAGGGGAUGCUUUGGUCAACUCGUGACAAUCAUUGUUGAAAUACUGCUGGACAUUGUUGUGAUGAUUUAUGUACAAUAAAAUUAAGGACACUACAUGUUAAAAAAGCAUCAGGAAUGCAUCUAACUUAAAUUUGUAUUACUUUAAGUCAACAAUCAACUGCUGAGGUAACCAGCUGCUUUUGUGAUGUUAGUAUGUGGGAUGACAGUAACCUAUAACAUAAAAUGUGGGACAACGCUAGAAACUAAAAUGUCCUUCUCUUACUAGAACUUUGAGCCCAAGGAACUUCUAGAAUGUUCAAUGCUUCCAUCAUUUUAGUCAAUACUUUUUAAUUAUGUUUUGUUUUUUUUACUUCAAGGUUAAUGAUUUGACCUUAUUGUUUGUAUACACAUGAUAGUCUACAGGCACAACCAAAGCUAUUUUAUUGAAUAGUUUGUACUUGAUUGCUACUUUGUGUGCUGUAGCUAACAGAAGUGCAAUAGAGGCUAAUGUUUUGCUUUUCAACUACAAUAGUGUUUUGUUAAGAUUGCAAGUUGUGAGACUAUUUUCUGAGUCAGUUUUUUGCUUUUGUUGACCUUUCUCCACAAAGCCAAAUAGAGUAGACUUUGCACAUUUCAUUUGGUAUUGUUGUGAAUGUUUUAUAGAAUCUGUGCAGUGCUGAACUGGGCAUGUACAGUACCUAGUCAUAUUGUGAGUAAUAUAUGUAUGCAUUUAUGGGUACUCUUACAGUUGGCAUAAACUUUCUUAUAAAUCUACCUAUAUAGGUCUUAUGUAGGAUUAAGCUUGAGAUAGUGAACCAUAUAUUUUGUGAUAUCAAUUACUAAUUAUCUUUUCAACAUUAAAAAGAAUCAAAUUAUUUUUCAGCUUAAAAAAUUUUAAUCUUGAAUAAUAGUUCAAACUGGUUAGAUAAUGGAGGAGUUUGCUUUUUUCACAUCAUUUUAAUUACAAAAUUGUAAAAAAGUUAUAAUAGAAAAUGGAAUCAUUGAAUUCCUUCAUUUUGUUUUCAUCAACCAAAUAAUACUCUGAUCAAGAGUUCACUAUCUCAAUCCUGAUAAUUAUGUAAACUAGAUCUAAACUAUCUACAAAAAUAUAUGUGUUUACAAAAUAAUGUGUGUAUGGUGUAUAUAUAAAAACAUGUAGGCUUGAGUAUAUUAGUGUAUAUAGGAACUCUUAUCUAUAUUAUAACUUUCGCAACAAAUAUGUUUCAUGUAGUAUUUUUGUAUGAACUUGAUGUAUAAAUGUGUAUAUUAUAUAAACAGCAGGACUCCAAAUGUAAGAUGAAAUUCUGUCCAAUAUAGUUGACUUUUUUCUCUUCAUAAGAGUUGCUGAUAUUUAAAUGUUCCCUGUAAGCUGGACUGGUGGUAAUUUCUAAACAGUCAAAACUAGCAGGUUUAUGUAGUUCAGUGAGCCAGUGAUUAGGUUGUGCAGUUAUAUAUUUCCUCUAUACUCUGACCAUUAAAUUCUGAACAAAAA